AUGAAUGUUGUCGUUAUCCAGUUAAUUAAUUUACGUCUCUCAGCUGAUUCGUUAGGGUCGGUUUCCACCACCAGGACCCAAGCCAUAUCCUGCCUACUCAGGCUCACACCUCCCGCGAUACCUGAAACGCUGACUUUUGGUUCACCGAGAACCCAUCCUUCAGCUCACUGGAUCACCCAUAUCCCGGAUCACGAUGGAGACAGCAGGCCUGCCUAUGCCCGGCUACCACUACAUCGCCCCGAACCACAUCGUGAAGGCUCCGAUCCAUUGAAUGGGGCUCCGCAGCCAGUGCCCCAGCGCGUACUACCUCCAGCACCACGGGACUCUGGCUCCGAUAUACUUCUUCAAAUGACGCGACCAAUCUCUGAAGGGAAGCAAUUGGCAAAUAGCUGA